AUGCCUGGCUGGACAGUGGCAGACAUCAAGAAUGAGCUGGGCUGCAUUAGCAAGCUCUUACUAGCCAGGCCUGGAGUCUUUGAGCUGGAGGGCAAGCUAUGUGGUGCUUUGAAGCAUAAGCUUUCUCUCACGGCUCCAAUGGGGCCUUCAGAUUUGGUCUUCUGCUAUGAAGCAGUCAGGGAAUCGCAGUUGCCAGACACCAUGAAAGGUGAGCUCACCCAAGUCUUGGACAGCUUGGCUUUGCAGGAAGCUUCCCAAGAGCACUUGUUGGCCACUGCAACCAUGGCACAAGAGUGCGUGUCCUUUCAGAAAUAUUUGACCGCUUCAGACAUCAAGGCUUUGAAAUCUGCAAGUAUGUGGGAAGGCUGCACUACUUUGGCGACAAGAAUGAAGCUACUAGGAAUAUCUUCGAUGAAAGAAGGUAUCAAGAAGACAGCUUGCUCCAUAUUGGUCUUGUUUGAGAAGGACAGAACCAACACCAUUCCACCUGGUGAUGCUGUCUAUUCUUUGAGCCACCAUUUGUAUGAGACCCUUCAGAGCUUGCCAGUGGAGAUUCCUGCUGGUGCUGUGAGGCUGGCAGUCUAUCCUGAUGAUCCCAGCCUGUUGGGCACUGAUCACUUGGCAGCCUCCUACCCUGGUGAGAAAGCAGAAAAAAUGGAAUUUCCAGGCUUGUCGACGAUCAGAAAGAAGCAUACUCCCAUCAGGAAUACCCAUUCUUUGGUGGUCAAAGCCCAGGCUACACAGCAAGUGCAGCAGGACCAAAAGCCUGCACAGCAGGUUCAGCUGCCUCCGAAGAAAGAAGCAAGCACACCUUUGACUUUGGACAAUGACAAGGGCAAGGAAGGAACCAAGACACAUGAAGAUUUCGAAGCAGAAGCUUUGCAAAAGCUGUUGGACAGGAAAGAUAAGAAGGGUGCUGGGCAAACCAAAGGCUUGAAGCGACCUGCCAGUGCCAACAGCCUGGUUCCAAAGAUGGUUGGACAGGAAAGGAGGGAAAGCGGAAACAUGCAGCUCGCAGAGGCAGGUGUUCUGCAGACAGUGCGCAGGAUCCAGGACAAGGAGAUUGCGAAAAAUGGCUUGCCUGACAAGCACAAGAGGUUUGACAUUUGGAAGGAGACCAAAGAGUUCCUGGAGGAUCCAGCUAUGUCAAUGUAUGGCCCUUUGUUCAAAAGAGUUGCAGCAACCACUGUGCAAGACUCAGAGCAACCAAUCUUGUACCUCAACUUUUUGUCCCUGUUGAAUGGUGCAUUCAACAAAGGGGGAGCCUUUACAGAUUUCAUGCUGACCAGUGAAGUAGGCAAGCUGCAUGCAGGAAUGAGUCAAGUGCUCAGACUCAUUCUGGAAGAUAUUUUUGGAGAUGGAGUGCCAGAAACUGGUGUGCGCCUGACAUCACCCAAAGGCAGCUUGAGACUUCACUUCUCUUUGGAUAUGAUCUUACAAGAUGGCAGUGCUCACAAACACAUAUUUGCAAACCGGCAGGAUGCAGGAUCCAAACCUUGCUUUAUUUGCAGCAACAUCUUUUAUUUGAGAGGUGGUGAAGAAGAGAAUUGCAAGGUUUUCAAAAAAUACACCAAAUACCAUCAGCUGCACAUUUCCACAGAUCAAGAUGUGCUUGCCAGUUGGCAAAGGUUGGCUGACAAGUCAAAAGUUCUCUCUCAAACUGAAUUCAAUUUGCAUCAGCAAGCAGCUGGUUUGACAUACAACCAAUAUGCCCUUUUGUCAAGUCAGAAGUUGCUGUCAUGUGGACUGUUGAGGCCAAUAUCACUGUAUUGCUUUGACUACAUGCACGGGAUGUGCAGCAAUGGCCUCCUGAACGAUAUCACUUAUUUGGUUUUGGAAAGCAUCCAUACCUCUGGCAUCAAAGUUUGGCAGGAUAUCAAACCUUGGCUUGACAUCUGGGUUUUGCCCAAAGCUUACAAAUGUGCUGUUGGACACCUCUUUGACACCAAAAACGUGGCCAGCCACAGGAAAGCACAGACUUUCAAGUGUUCAGCAUCUGAGAUGCUUUCCCUUUACAAGAUUUUGCAAUAUUAUCUUCAGGUGAUGUUUUUGGCAAACAAUGUCAUGGCUGACCAAUGUCAAUGCUUCGUUUGCUGGGCUGAUGUUCUUGACUAUUUGGUGAGCAUUCCUUUUAUUGACCUUCCCAAGAGGUUGGAAGCCACCCUCAAGAAGAUGAACUGCUUUGUGCCAGGAAUGGUUAGCUCUGCAAGACAGGUCUGCGGACACAAAAUCUCCAUGCAUCGUUCAGACCUGGCCAUGCGGACCAUGACGGACUUCCUGGAGGAGACGGGGCCUGCACAUUGGACCAAAGACAUGGAGGGCUUGGUCCAGGCCGCUCCGGCACUUCAAACAGAGCUGAUGCGGUCGCACAGCGUGCCCACGGUGCAUUUCGCGGAUCCACCGGCCUCCUGCGUCUCGGAGAAAUCCGAAAAAAGCGAGGUCCUCGCGAAGGUGUCCCAGGUUCAUGAGAAGCCGCUGAAGGGGCCACCCAUUGCAUCCAUUUGCAAACUGUUUUCGCUGGUAGAUUUUAAGGAGUCUCUGAUUCUCCUCCUCGGUCUCCUUGGCGCCAUCGGCAACGGCGUGACGCAGCCCGUGGUGCUGGUGGUCUUUGGGGAUUUGAUCGAUGGCAUGGGCUCCAGUUCGGUGCCGGUAGAGCUACCUGCCAACGUCACACCUGAGCAGAUGGCCUUGUUGAUGGAUGAUGCAAUGGACGGCAUGAUGAGCGAAAUGGAGCGGCUGUGUAUCAUCAUGUGUCUCAUUGGCGUGGCCAACACUGUGGCUGCAACCCUUCAAGGCGCCUGUUUCAAGAUCUUCAGCGACAUGCAGACCAAAAAGUAUCGCGUUUUGUACUUCAAGAGCGUGCUUUUCCAGGACGUGAGCUGGUUCGACCUCAAAGAAGUGGCGGCGCUGCCCUCGGAGAUCAACGACGACUUGGAGAAGAUUGGCGAUGCCCUGGGGGACAAAUUGGGCAACGGCAUCAUGUCCUUCAGCGCAUUCGUGGGCGGCUUCGGAUGCGCGUUUGGCCUAGGUUGGUUGGUCGCGCUGGUGAUGUGUGCCAUGUUGCCUUUCAUGGGCGUUGGUGCGGCUGUCAUGGGCAAGGCUGUUCAAGAGAUUCAACUCGAGUCACAGAGUUGGUACUCCAAGGCUGCCUGUGUCGUUGAAGAAUGCCUCUAUGCCAUGCGCACCGUGGUGGCCUUUGGAGGUGAACGUCGGGAACUGCAGAAGUUUCAAUUUGCGCUGGUCCAGACUCGGCGUGGUGGAAUCCGAAACGGCUUCAAGAUAGGCCUCGGCUUGGGCUACACCACCAUGAUCAUCUUCGCCGGCAACGCUCUGGCCUUUUGGUUUGGGAUGACUUUGCGCUACAACGACCAGGUAAACCCGGCCACCGGGCGACCCUGGGAACCUGGAAAUAUCCUGGCCAUCUUCUUUUGCGUCUUCACUGGGAGUUUCAUGAUCGGCAACCUGGACCCUUCGCUGAAGGCCCUUGCGGCCGCGCGCUUUGCGGCCGGCCGCUUCUUUCAGGUGAAGGAGAACCGCCCGCAGGUGCAGUGUGGAGACGUGGACGGACGGAAAGACCUCGAGUCCAUCGAGAACUUUGAGCUCCGCGAGGUGCAUUUCAGCUAUCCUGCUCGACCUGACGUGAAGAUCCUGAACGGUUUGUCCCUGGAAAUUUCGCGUGGCCAGAAGGUGGCCGUGGUGGGCGAGAGCGGCUCUGGAAAGAGUACUGUGAUGGCAUUGCUGGAGCGGUUCUACGAUCCAAAUUCAGGUUUGGUGUUGGUGAACGGGCAAGACAUGAACUUCAAGGUGAGCGCUUUGAGACGCUGUAUUGGUUAUGUGGGCCAGGAGCCGGUCCUCUUUGCAGGCUCCAUCCAUCACAACAUCAUGCAAGGUUAUCCGGGCGCCUCCAAAGAGGACUUUGCCCGGGCCUACGCUGAGGCGCAGCUGGGAUUUGUUGAGGCCUUGCCGGAGAAGUACCAUACCUUCGUAGGAGCUGGGGGCGGUCAGCUGUCGGGCGGUCAGAAACAGCGUAUCGCCAUCGCGCGGGCCUUGGUGAAACGUGCAUCUUUUCUGUUCUUGGAUGAAGCCACCAGUGCUUUGGACAAUGCAUCGGAGAAGAUGAUCCAACAGACCAUCGACAGCCUCUGCGGCCGGGACCUGGGCAUCGUCAGCAUCGCACAUCGCCUCAGCACCGUGCGGGGCGCAGAGAAGAUCUAUGUGCUGAGCCACGGGGCCUUGGUGGAGAGUGGAAACCAUGCGUCCUUGAUGGAGAUGCGGGGCACCUACUUCGCGCUGGUUUCGGCGCAGGAAUCGGCACAACGCGUGGAGGAGAAGGAAGAGCUGCAAAUUACGGAGGAGGAAGCGCAGCAGAAGAGGCUGUCCGAGCACAGCAACGAAUCGGCGGGGCAGCGCUUGGCCAAAGAGAAGAAAGAAGAAGAGAAUCGCGUGAAGGAAAUCAAUAAGAACUACAAGGUGCCCAUGGGCCGCUUGUUGCGCUACAAUCGCCCGGAGUGGCCCUUCUUCGUCCCAGCGCUGCUGGGGGCCUUGGUGGAUGGCUCCGUGAUGCCGCUGUGCACCAUUGCGCUGGUUGGGGCCAUGAAAGGUUUCUACAAGGUGGACAAGGAUGAGAUGAGAGAAGACAUGGAGUUCAUGUGCAUCAUCUUUUUGGUCAUCGGUUUCAGCGGCCUCAUUGGCGCCACGAUUUCCCACGGCUGCUUCAGCAUCCUGGGGGAAGCCAUGACGCAGCGGCUGCGCGUGGCCAUUCUGACAUCCAUCUUUCGUCAGGAGCUGGGCUUCCAUGACGACCCGCAGAAUGCUCCAGGCAUGUUGUCCAAAGCUUUGGAGCUCUGGGCAUUCCGCGUGUCCAUCUUGUGCAAGUCGAUCCAAGCGAAGGCUGCUGCCAUGAGUUCUUUGGUCAUUGGCUUGGUCUUGGCCUUUGUAUACUGCUGGCAGAUGGCGCUGAUUAUGCUGGGUUCUAUCCCUGUGAUGGUCUUGGCCAAUGCAGUUCAGAUGGUAGUGCUCCUGGGUGCGGCCAAAUCGGAGAACGAGAAUCUGACGCAAGCGCAGCAGAUUGUGACCGACAGCGUGAUGAACGCACGCACAGUUCAAGCUUUGGGAGUCGAGCAUUCCUUGGUCUCAAUGUAUGCUGCCUGGGUCGAGAAGGCCAUGAAAGGGGCUUGGCUCCAAAACUUCUUCGCAGGUUUGGGCUUCGGCGUGUCAUCUGGCAUCAUGUUCUUCAUCAUGGCUGGUGGUUUUUACCUGGCAGCUUUGCUAAUCAAGGAUGGCAUAGCGGAUUUUGAAGGUGUGAUGAUGGCCUUCAUGGGUAUCUUCUACGCCGGUGCCGGUGCUGGACAAGCUGCGGUGAUGGUAGGUGAUGCCAGCAAAGCGAAGGUGGCCUGUCACGACAUGUUCCAACUCAUGGACCGCGCGUCGCUGAUCGAAGGCUUGGAACCUACUGGAGAGACCCCUGAGGCGUUGGACGCGGGGACUAUCGAAUUUGCAGAUGUGAAGUUCUUUUAUCCCUUCAGGCCAGCCAUCCAGGUCCUCAAAGGCAUCAACUUCCGCAUCCUUCGUGGCACCUCUGUGGGGCUCGUUGGGCCGUCGGGGGGGCGGCAAGAGCACGGUGCCCUCGGCGGCGUUGUGUGUUGUUGA